AGCCUCUUAAAAAAAGGGAAAUAAAGAUAAACUAAAACCCGCCUCGUCCGCUUUUGCAUCUCCUGUUUUUGGAACGCGCACACCAAUCAGCGCGGAACGAAAAGGUAGAGUGAAGGCUUCGAAGUCCACCCAAAGAAGGACACGUAGCACACAGUGCUUCCUGUGCUUCACCACUGCUUUCCUUUUCCCUCGGUUUUUUCUUUCAAACGUUCUUCACAUCAUCUCCAACGCUUGUGUUUGUUUGCUUUUUUCGACAAAAAAGGAAGCGGUCUUUUUCGUUGGUAGAUCGAGCAGAGCUUCCACAGCCACAAAGGAGCAAACACAGCAAACUGAUUGUUUUUGUUUUUCUUUCUAGUCUUGUGUGGCUCUCUUGUGCCUGUAGCCGGUGACGAAGAAGAGAGGAAUACCCCCGAAGACGAAGCGUUGUCUUUGCUGCGCCUCACAGCCGUUUUCUUUUUUUUUUUCUUCCCGCUCAAACAGCAGAAAGGAAAGCACUCGAGGCAGAAGGAAAGUUAAAAUAACAGAAAAAAACCCGGCGUAACUUCAACAGAGAAGAGAGCCGACGUGGUUUGAUGAAACUCAACCUAAUUAUUUCUAUCCGUGUUCAGUGAACCUUUUUUUUUCUUUGUGUGUGCUUUUUUUUUUUUAAGAGGGGGAAACUCAAUAACCACAUCUGACUGCACUUUUGGUGUCUCGCCCUUCUUUUUUUUUCUUUCUUCUUGCACGCUCUGUGACGCCGCUCUGCUUUGUUGCAUGUGCUGAGCGCACGCUAUUCUUUUCACAGAUACACAGAAUAGACGAAACAAAGAAGAAGAAAGGAGUAACGCAGCGCCCCAUAAGUUGCUGUCCGAUCGAAUUUUUCAUUUUGUUAUUCUUCUGCCUUUGAGCAAUUUUCAACUGUCUUUUCUUUCUCUCUCCUUCUCUAUCGUGAUAUAAACUUGCAUGGUCAUAGAUAUAUUCUUUUCAUUUAUUUAUUUAUUUUUUCUUCUUUUCUUCUCCAGAUUCGAGAAUCGGCAGCUGUGGGGAAUCCCGUAGGCACUACGUAUACAAUCGUCCUCUGGCUUAGCAUUCCGGACCGCGUUAAACGUAAACAAGAAGAGAGCUGACGCAACCGCUUUAUUUUUUUUUUUUUUGGCAUUAUAUAUAAAUAUAUAUUAUAUACUGUGUUUGUCGUCAGAGUUCUUUCAAGCACACAAUCAAACAAACAAACAAAAAGCCAGAAGGUCUUUAUUUUGAAACUCUAAAGAAAAAGAAAACUGCGCUCUUUACGACCCUCUAUUCUCCAUAACGUACUUUUCCUUUCUCGAGGCACGAGGUCCAGUUGGCUCUUACAUCGACAGCAGCUCCAAUCACGCCGAGCUCAGUGUCUGUUACGCUGAUACACGAAUCGAGAGCGCACAGGACAACAGAAUAACAGCUUUCUAUUUGGGGAGACAGACAAACGAACAAAGGCACCGCGUUUUUCUACAAUUAAAGGAUCGGCGCACACAGCAAAAAAGAAAAUUCGAACCUUUUUUUUGUCUUCUGUUUUCUGCACACUGCGAAAAACAGCAACAAAAACAGAACUCUUCAAGAGCUCACGCGCCUUGAAAGAAAAGGAAAAGCAAUUAUUGCAAGACCCCAAACCGAGAUCCCCGCAAGCAGGCGAAGAAAAGGAAAGAAAUCCAAAGCGAAGCAGACUAUCUUUUUGUUUUCCCUUUUCUGCGAAGAGCGGCGAUUUCCUUGCUGAACAAACGAACCAAGAGUCAACACGACUACGUGAUCAGACAGUUUCCUUUCUCAGAGAAGAAGAACCGCGGAAAAAGAAGAACAAAAGCAAAAGAAUAACGUACCUCUACAGUUAUCGCGAUCCUUCAAAAUACACCAGUUUGCUUUGUUUUCCUUUCUGUGUGCUAAGGUGACUUCACAACGCCCCCCCCCCCUUUCCCUCUCUCUCCGUAUUUUCUACACAACAACAAAAAAGUGUUCGUGCCGCUUUCUUCUUCUCUUUUUUUUUUAAAUACGACAAGGUUGUAUAAUUAACACACGCCCAUUCCUAUUAAACUCCCUGCUCUCGUAUUCCCUCUAUUAUUUUUUUUUCUUACCGUUUCUUUUUCUCUCCUUUCUUCUUUCUUCCCUCAGCGUCAGUUGUAACAGAUAACAGAGGUCUUAGCGCUAACACCGUUGUAUAUAUAUUUUGUGUUCUCCUGCCUUACACGCACUUUGAGGCGCGGCUGAAGAAGUGUGGGCGUCCUUCAGCAUUUCUCUCCCCCCCCCUCUCUCUCCUUCGUCACAAAAAUUGUUUCUCUUUUCAUUCACGUCUUCACAAAUACUAUUUUUUAAAUUUCUUUCCGGCUUUUCCUCGCUCCAAUUUCUAUUCUCUUCGCCCAUCACUCAAGACCCACGCAGUCGAGGCAUUUUCCUAUUCAGCGAUUGUUGACUGCCCCUCUCGAUUUUUCUUUUCCUUUACCGUCUCUUCACAUACUUUUUCUUGUUUUGGUGACUUCUCUUCCCAAAUUCUACGCGAUCUUUUGCUCACUGGUAUAUUAUUGCUGUACCGCUGACUCGCUCCGCUUCCUCACUCUCAUACUUUUUUUUUCUUUUCUUCUUGCUUUGUUUGCUCCGUUGCGCGUUGCUGGUAGCGCUUAACUUGACAGGGUAGAGCUCAAACAGGAACUUCAAAGAGUAUUCUCAUCUGUGUGUUUGCAUUUCCUCUCCCUAUAAAACCUUUUUGUUUUAAGCCUCUUCACCUUUUCCCUCUCCAUUUUCUGUUUCGUUGUUGCCGCAGCAAAAACGAAGCGUCCUUUCGUUGGCUACUUGACACGUUUCUCUUCCUUUAGAGAGGCGCUCUUCUCUUCGUUGGUUUUUUUCUUUCCUUUCUCGUCCACGGACCUUCAUUAAACGUUUUUGGGAGAGCAGCGUGCGCUUUGUUGCGGCACCUCCAAUCUCUCUUUACACGCCCCGCUUCACUAUUCCUUUUCUCUCUUUUCUUUGCUUUCUUUUUUUUUUACCUUGUUUGCUUGUUUGCUUGUUCUUGCAUGAUGCCGUAUAUUGCGCGCGCCCCGUACGCAGAUACAGCCGGAAACUCGAAAAUGCCACCCAUGGCAGCCACAGCAGCCGGCAAGCCGCCAGCACCUGCCCACGCCACCUACCCGCUCGUCAACGUGAACGAACCGCCAGCAAGUAGCAACAACGAUGCAAUCAACACUUCAAGCCCCCUGCGGUACAGCCACGCCGGCGGCCGCGGCGGCUGCUACGUCAGCCACAGCAGCGCCACCAGCUUUUUCAACUACAGUAACAAGAACACUACUACUGCGGCUACGAUGGCUUGUGUGAGCGCCGGGCCCCCGGGAGCCAGUCGCAUCGCGUCGUUCCCCUCGAACGAACUGCAAGAGUACAUUUCCAUGACCUCCCCUGCGAGCGACUUCUACUACUACUCCCCUCAGCCCUUUUAUUUGGAGUCGCCGGCGCCGUGUGCGGCAGCGGAGUUGUACGGCCAUGGCAGCCCCGGCCCCACCAGCUUUGCCGCGUACGCUGCGAUGCAACCCGCGUCGGGUCCGUACUGCUACAACAGCACAGAUCCCGCCUUCUCUUCCGCCUGUGGCGGCGGCGGUGGUGUUGCGGCCUCUGCGGGGACCAAUACACCUUCGUUGAUGAGCAGUAUGAGCUUCAGCGGCUCACGCUUUCCGCAGUGGUACCUGCCACGUGGCCUGUACGGCUCCUCCAUGGCUGCCGCGACUGGGGCCGGUGUGGCCGUCCCCUCCGUUGCAUCUGGCGUUUAUGGUACCACUCCCCUGUAUGGCUACGCAUCGCCUGCGCCAGCGAACGCGUCCGUGCCGUGUAACUCGGUUGAGGACGACGCGCUGAGCUGCGAGGAGAACUUUGCCGCGGCAGGGGCGUCGUGUCGGUAUGCGCAGGAACUGCCCGUACCGCCGCGUCUCAGCCCGCAGUGCAAAUCAUCCAGCGCCGGCGGAUCUCUCUCCUCGCAGCCGUCUAUGCCGGGCUCGGAGCGGGCGCCGCAAGCAUCCGCGUUUGCCUACCGCACGCCGUCGCACUACGGUGCAGCUGGCCUCUCGGCUGAAGCUUCUCCUGCGCAGUCGCCGACCUGCCGCCCUGCCCGUUCGCCGCAGUUUGUGUCCUAUGACGGCCGCGCCUACGGCUUACCGGUGUACCGAGGAAUCAGCUGUGCUGAUGCGGCCAUCGCGAUCUCCCGCUCUGCUCUCGUCGCCGACACCCCCGACACGAACGUAAGCCCCAGCCGUAGCGUCGGCGGCGGCAACCACCAAGGAUUGUGCAGUGGAGCGCCGCGGCAGGCGAUGAUGGUGAGUGGCAUCGGUCGACGUGACGCACCAAGUGGCGCGGUGCUCUCUUCUGCCCUUCCGUCGGCCACGCCGCCUGAGGCGCCGGCUGCGAACACGCCUGCCUCUGCGGAGGGAGCCACCACGCAGAAUGACGGAGCGGACGAGGAGGAGGAGGUGUACUCUCCGGAAGAAAAGGCGUUGCUGGUGGACGCGCACACCCGCCUGGCGAAGCUGCGCGCGAAGGCGCACGAGGAGCAGCAGCAGCAGCAGCAAAGACAGGCGCGGUCAGCGCUGUCAGUUUGGUCUUCACCGGCCACCUCGGUUUCCUCCCCCUCCACCAUGCCCACGAGCGUCGAGCGAGGCAGCACCAACACCGCCGUGAGUGCUCCUGCAAGCGGAAAGCCGACGCUGCUGGCGGUGGCGCGUAGGCAGAGCGACGCGGAGGCACAGAGGCGGUUGAAUGAGUCGGCGCAUUCGGCGGGCACCGCGACGGACAUACCCGUCUCCCCCAUCCCGCACCUUCCCGGCUACGACGACGCCGACACGGCCCGUCUGGAGGACUCGAUGCUGGAGGGGAUGAACUUAUCGCAGGAGCCCCCGACGGAGGGCGACGCGGAUGGCGCUACCCGGGCGGUGCUAGAGCGGGUGCUGUCGCUGCGUGGAGUGAAGUGGCGCCACGACCCGUACAGCCGCCGCGUGUUGGCGCACCCCAGCAGCCCCACCAGCACGGAGGACGACGUACAAAGGACGGAGGACGGUGAGAACGAUGAGGUGGUGCAGCGGGAGAGGAGCAGCGAGAGAUGCCGUAACACUCCUCCGUCGUCGCGAUCGAGACCGGCGAGCCCUGACACGCUUUCACGCAGCUGCCGGCAGCCGCUGGUGGACGCGGCGGGACGGAAGCGGCCAACCCCAGAUGAGUCGACGCUGCCGAGCAGUGAGAGCACAACGCUCACGCAGCCGCCGGCGUCGCCGAACGUGUCGCAGCACACGCAGGACAGCCGCGAUGGCAGUGCGGAUGAGACCAGCACGCAGCCCAGUGUGCGCCGCAUGCCCAUCAAGAAGGUGUGCGUGCGACACUUUGUGGGCGGCAAGGACGGCGAACUGUCAGCCUCGGCAGACGGCGCCGUCGGCAUGCUGGCGAAGGUGGUCUCUCAGCUCGUCUCCACUCGCCCCUCUGUGUCCACCACCGUCACGGCGUCAACGAAGACACAGGCAGACGCCUCUGUCAACGACAACACGCUUUCAAAGAGGAGCAGUUCGACUGACCACUUGACCGUGACCACGUCGGGCCCUCAGGAGAGCGUCACGGUGGCCACUUCUUCUCCUCUGCUUUGCACCGCACGGCCGCUGAAGGACGCUGUCGGUGCCCGCAGUAGUCCGUUGGUGCCGUCUCCGCGUUCCAAACACCAUCUGCACCGCGAUGUGAACGAAGGCGGCGCUGUGCCACGUGCAUUGGCCACCGCCAUGGCUACUAACAGCCACACAGGCAGCACGACCGAUGACAGCAGCAACAGCGACAGCAGAAAUGCUAGCAAUCAUCGUGUCAGCCCUGCGUCCUCAACGGAACCCGUGCUGAGGCAGAUGGGCCCUUAUGCGUCCUUUGGCCCUGACGCGCUCUCUGCCAGCUCUGGUGAGUCUCGAUUCACGUCCUGGACGUUGCGUGCGCGGCUGCUGCAGGGCCUGCCGGCUGCCGCCGCCGCCGUUGCAACGCCUGCGUCCUCAUUGCUCUCCCACAACUGGGGCCAUAAGAAGGCGACCUGCACGGCGGACGUCGAUACGCGGUUGCUGGUGCAGCUCUGGCGCACCCUCGACGCGAGCGGCUGCUUCCGCGACGUUCUCGAAGCACGCCAGCACAAGCUCGGGACGGAGAGCAACAGCUCCUCCCGCGUGACAGCACGCAAUGUGGCCCGCCGCUUCAGCAGCAGCAACAGCCGCAACGGCGCGGCUGGGGAGGAGGAAAGCGGUGGCCGGUCGUAUCGCUCGCAGCAGCAGCAGCAUCAGCAGCUGAAGUGGGGGAUGCUGACGGAGGAAGAGGUAACCCACGUCUACGUGCUGCGUCAUCGCUACCGCAGCAGCUGCGCCGUGGCCGCCUGCCGGUACGACUGCGGCACGGAGGUGGUGGUGGACGGUGACAUGGGCGUGGACACCGGUGUGGUCGUGCUCGUGAUGACCAAGGCGGAGUACGACGGGUUGAGUCCGCUGGAACGGCGCCUGGCCGACCUCUCGCCGGAGUUGUCGCAAGCCCUGACGGAGUCGAUCCAUCGCCCUCUCACCGCGGAGGAGCGGCAUCUGCGAAACGAGGCGCAGCGGCCGUUGGAAGACGCCACACUGGACUUUGUGCGCUACCUGGCAACGCAGCCGCACCUGUUCCACUCCUGUCGCAUUGAGUGCAUGAAUUUUGUCGCGGUGGAAUUCCAGGCGGAUGGGCAGAAGCUGUAUGUGUACUACCAAACCUCGUCUGCGGUGCGAUUCCUGGAGCUGGCCACGUACUUGAACCACAUCUUCCACUGCCGCAUCUGGAUGAAGAUGGCCAAGGGCUGCUAG